AUGGGAAGGCGCGGGAAGAACCAGUGGCGGCAGCAGAAGGGCGGUCGGCGCCUCGCAGGAGGGGAGGGCGCCGAGGAUGAUGAGGCCGGCGUCUUGCCUUCCUCCGCGUAUGAACCAGAAGAUCGAGAGGACCAGGAGGAAGGGGAGAUGGCGGAGGAUGAAGAGGGCGAUGAGUGUGGAGAAGAGAGAGGCGGAGACGUCUCGCCUUCAAAGUUCCAUCUGUAUCAAAAAUCUGUUCAGGUUGGGAUGAUUCCUUCCUUGUUCUUGAAGGUUUUGUAGGCUAGAUCCCGCGCUGCUGCUUGUGGAGCUUAUUUUUCUGCUAUUAACGUCGCCUAAAUGCGGUCGUUGCCGAUGUGGGGCUGAAACGGGGCGGAAAUUGGCGGGGAGUUGAUUGCAGUCUCCUAGAGGUGACGUCAGCUAUAUGCAGAAGUUCUUCUUGAUGUACGUCGGCGGGAGGACGCCCCUCCACCUGCAGGAGGAUUUCUGUGGAACUGCUCUCCUCAGGUCUGCUCUGAUCCUUAUUGCUGAAAAUUGAUCGACGUGAUGGGGUGGUGUUCAUGUUCUUCAUGUUUUCUUCAUCUGGUUCUCGCGCAGAAUGCUCACGCGGUACAAUAUGUGUUCCAUUGAUGAGUUUUUACGAAACUCUGUUGAAAUUUUCAUCAUGUUGGUUUAAAUCGGGCGAUCUCUCGGCCUCUUUCUCAUCAUCUUAUUGUUAGGCUUUGAAGGCUUUGAAAAAAAUGGAGAAAUUAGAAUGCCCGCAAUAUUUUUGGCCUUUUCAAGAAGUUUGAAACCGACGAUCAUCGUGUUACAAGUGCGAUGCACUAACCUCUCAGAUAAGCGUUGCCCCAGAGUGCUGAAUUAAUGUAUCUAUUAUGGAAGAACUGGAACUAUUAAAAUUUCUUGUCUGGGUGCACCUUGCCAUGCUUGUUGUUUCGGCUCCCAGCUAAAGAGCUUAUUCAUGUCCUAAUUCACACGAAUCUUGUGAUACACAGUGAAUAUGGUAUCUUAUCCACAUUGUCGAUGUGGUCUAGAUUUCUAUCCCAUAUGUCUUAUAAAAAUUGAUGAUAUGAUGUAUCGAUAUUUGGGGAUGAAAUCUUUAACCUUCAUUUAAAUGAGCUGUCGUUAAUUCCUGUCUUUUGCGGUCUAAAUUGCCUGUUUAUUUUAUUUUUUUCUACAGCACAGAAUGGCUACGGAGUGACCCCAGACGGACAGCGAUAGGGCUAGACCUUGAUCUUGAGGCACUUGACUGGUGCCUGGAGAACAAUCUGAAUAGGAUUGGGGGAGAUGGAUUUUCCAGGAUCUCUCUCUUUCAUGGCAAUGUUCUCCAUCCUAACGAGGCCAAUCUUGUCCGUCCGAGGCUCUGCGAUCUUGUAAGUCAGGUUACUUUGGAUAACCAGGGAGGGCAGUUGAGAGCAGUUGACUCGGUUUCCGAAUCAGAUCCUGCGAUCCAGACAGGUGAUGUCAAUUCCAUCGCAGACAUAUCGGGGGUGAAGAUUUCUUCACUGCCUGCCAGGGAUAUCGCCUGCGCAUUCAAUUACAGCUGCUGUUGCCUGCAUAGGCGUGCUGAUCUGGUCAUGUAUUUUAAGCAUGUUCUUGGUGGCUUGUCCAAGCAAGGCGGUAUAUUCAUAAUGGACCUGUAUGGUGGCACAUCGUCGGAGUGCAGGCUCAAGCUUCAGAGGAGAUUCCCUGGCUUUACUGUAAGGGCUUUCUUCCCCUUGCAAGGAGCAGUAUAUUUUCUUUAAACACUAUUUUUCUUGCCAUGAAUGAAGUGAGAUUAUUAGUUUUUGUUUGUUCACACCAAAAAGAGGGUGCCCCGGCAGAUAAUUUUUGUUUGGGAAAUUUUCUUUACACAGCUAUUUGCUUGACAUCUCGAUGAUCCCGCAAGAACAAGGUGGAUCCUCAAUGAAAUACUUGCCGUGGGUGCUCAUCUUCGAGAAUAUUGAUUAGCUGAUGCAUGCAGCUUGUAAACAGAUUGAAGAAGGGAAUGAGCAGGAGAUUUUUUCUGUACAUAUUUCUUUGUUAUUACUAAUUGCGGUCUAUCAAACUGUUAUUUGGCAGUAUAUAUGGGAGCAGCAAGAGUUUGAUAUUAUCAAUCGCACAACAAGGAUCAGCCUUCACUUUCAACUAGGAAAGAAGAAGACCCUACGCCAUGCAUUUUCGUACAACUGGCGACUGUAAGAUGCUUGCUUUGUCUCAUCAUCAGUUUACACCACCGUGAUGGCCGUUGAGAACAUGACUGAGUUCUCUGGAAUCACAUACCGAUCAAACAAAGCUAUCAAAUUUGCACCUACCCACUGCCCCAAUUUGCUUUCCAUAUCUAUCUGCUUGCUCAUGAAUCUCCCCACAUGAACAACUGAACCGUGGGCUGGUUCCAUUUGGCAGAUGGUCCUUGGCAGAGGUCAAGGACUGCUUGAAGGAGGCCGGCUUCUCUUCCGUGCAUUUCUGGAUGAGGGAGAUGCCCAACACUCAACUGGGCUCCGAUUCUGAGGACCUGUUCGAUGCCAAGUAUGAGGAGGCCUUGUCCUUCCAACAGAGGGAUUCAUGGAAUGCCUACAUCGUCGGUGUAGCCCCCUGA